UUUGUUUUUCAAUAAAAGAUAAGCUGGUUGUGCCUGAGGUUCCAGCUGUUGUCAACACAACAACGCUGCCUUCACACACUGUCUCUCUUUCUCUCUUAUUAUCGCAGUAAUUGUAGUAAUUAUAGCAAUUAUAGUCGUUCUGGGGGAGCCCUACAGCUCGUGUUAUCACCGGGGAGGAGGAGAAGUACUCAAACAUAACCAGGAACAAGAUAUUUCUUGAAUUAUCACAGGUUUUGGUGCCUGGAGCAGCAUGACCAAGGCAUCCAAGUUGUCAGGUUGGUACUAUGAGAAGCGGGAGUUACGACACACACCUAGUAUUGCUGCAGGCCUCAGUGUCGAACAGGAAGUUCAGUAUCGUCGUGAAGGUGCUCGCUUCAUUCUCCAGGUUGGAAACAAAAUGGGACUCCGCUACGAGACAAUGGCGACUGGUGUUGUUUACUUCCACCGAUUCUAUAUGGUUCAUACAUUUCAGUCCUUUCCCAGACACGUAACUGCUUGUUGUUGCCUUUUUCUUGCUGGCAAGGUUGAAGAAACUCCCAAAAAGUGUCGAGACAUUAUGAAAACUGCUAAAAGCCUAAUGGAUGACCUGACUUGGGCCGAAUUUGGCACAGACCCUCGGGAGGAGGUUAUGACUUUGGAGAGAAUCCUCUUGCAAACUAUUAAGUUUGAUUUUAUUGUUGAACAUCCAUACACCUAUUUAUUGAAAUAUGCAAAAUGUCUCAAAGUUCCCGCUCUUCAUCGUGACUCUUCCUGGCGGGACCAUGACGCUUCUCUCGCCGGAGACAAAAAGAAACUACCCAAUAUGGUACAGAUGGCCUGGACAUUUGUCAAUGACAGCCUGUGCACAACACUAUGCCUCCAGUGGGAACCAGAGAUCAUUGCCAUUGCACUGAUGUAUCUGGCAGGAAAAUUAAGUAAAUUUGAAGUAACGGAUUGGAAUGGAAGGACAGCCAGGCACCAGCGUUGGUGGGACAUGUAUGUGGAAGGCAUCUCCAUGGAUCUUCUAGAAGGUAAUGCACCCUGAGUAUUUAUUAGCAGU